AUGGCAAAAGUGACCUUGCACCGGGACAAGCUCCGAGUCAGCGCCACUAUCCGGAGAGUUUCGUUGAAGCCUUCGCGAGGUCCAUAUUGUUCCUGGGACAUUGACGACUCCAAGCCUGCAGAGGUUCUAGUGAACCUUCGCCACAGCUCCUCCUUGAAGUUUGCCUGCCUGCUUGCGCGGAUCGAGGACUUGUCGCACAUUCUUGCCUGGAGUUCUCAGACAGGUGGGCGGGUGGCGCGGGUCGAGUUCCCCAGGCUUUGGUUGUCAUUCCAGGAGCGGGGCGGGCAUCUCCACUGUGAACAGCACAGCGGCUACUGGCUGGCUGAGCGAGCGUGGUCAAACAAGGUGAGCCGUCUUCUUCAGCAGUUUGGUGGCGGUACCCUGCUGCUGGAGAACAGCGUGGGCGAGUAUGCCAUCCUGGUGUCGGCUGCUGCGGAGCCUGUACGCCCUGCGACAUGGGCCGCUGAUGGAACUCCCGAGAAGCUCUUGCCGGGCCAGCUGGCGUUCCGCUGCGGCCGGGAGGAGUGGCUGCAGAAUCUGGACGGGCCUCGGCACUACAGGUAUGAUGUACACUUCUCAGAGAUGUUCACCUUCACGCCAACACUCGCUGCUGGCUUGUACUUCUUGCUUUGUCGAUUUAUCACCUGGCACUUUGCUGAGGCUGUCAACAUGGCCGAAACCAUCACUGAAGCUUGCACAGAAGAGGAAAAGCAGCUCUGGGACGCCAUGAAAGCUUUGGUGCCCGACUGCCAUGCCGAUGCGAUUGCUUGCCGGCUCCACCUCUCCCUGGCAAUGGCGCCAUAUGCCACAUCGGUGCCUUGGAGCACAGCAGCUCAGCUCUUGGAGUACUCAAGGAAGCGGCAUUUGGUCUCCACGUCAUGCGCCUUGUCCUUGGAGCAGGAGCUGGCGCUUCUGAAGCUAGACGAGGUUCGAAGCUCCAAGAAGUAUUCGAAACUGAAGGCAUACCAGGCCACAGUGGAGCCGCUUGCAGCCUGCAAAGAGGGCCGUUCAAGCGCGUGCGGCAUGCGGGCUGGCUACGCGUGA